CCAUGUAAAAAGUUUAUACAGUAACAAAUAUAGUAGGAAUAUUUCAUCAUACAAAAAUUGUAAAUUAGCAGUAAAGGCACGCUUUGUGGCCACAAAAAAUAACUAGUACUCGAACACAGUCACCUGUGAAAAAGGGUGUUACAGGCUUUAACCAUUGGUUUUGUUUUUAGCCACAAAAACAGCCAGAAAAUACAGCGGCGGCCUCUCGUGGCUUUCUGUUACCAUGACAAUUCUGACGCUCGUGCUGCUACAGAGGCGGCUGUCUCGUGCGAAUGCACCACGAGGGUAACAUUGGGCCAACGAGCCAAGAAAUAAUACGCUUGGGGGUCUCAUUAUCAGAACUGCACUAUUAAUAUGCCUUUCAGCGAGCCGUAGGUCAUGGCAACACACAAAGAAAUUACUCCUCAGUGGAAAACAACGAUUAUAGUCAGCACAUCACUCGAGAACCACGAUACAAACAGGAUGCUCAGCGCACGGCAGCACCGAAUCAGAUUUUCAGACAGUGUUGAGUCCGGAGCCUUUAUUUUUCCUCUGUCAGGUACUGCAUUUCUGUUGGUUGACCCUCAAGACCUCUCAGAACGUUUUGAGGAAUCUGGACUCAUUGAGAGGAUAAAGAUGUUUGUACAAGUCCACCGAAACAGCUUUCUACUUCUACAUGCCCCCUUUAACGGGAAAAAGGAAAUGGAAAUCUUGUCUGUGAUUCAACGCAGAUUCUUUGGUAGCAAUCUCAGGAUCCUGCCUGUGCGAAACAAUGCUGAGAUUGUCAAAGGAAUGUUGACAAUUGCCAAGGCCACCAGUAAGCCCCAUGUAGACAGUAUCCGUGACCGGAUGUCUCUGGCUCGAGCUCGCAUCAUUGAAAGCAGCCCUGUGUGGGAGAUGCUAAGAGACAUUCUAUAAAGCUCAACAGGUGAACCAGCAUUUUUAGAAACACUUGUGUUGUUUUAUUUGAUGCUAACCAGUACAAGCCUUACUUGGUGAAUAUACAUAAGCAAAGGUAAAAUAUGUGUUUCAAUAUAUUACCACAGUUUGUUCUGUAUUUACAUUGUUGACAAUAACUUUGGCAUAGAAAAUUUCACACUUUAUUGUCAAUACAUGCUUUUUUGUAUAGGUCAAACAGCAAAUAAAAUAAAACAGUUUUUAGAAAAACAACC